GCUGUGGUGACGGCACAGGUCGUGGACUUCUGACAAGCGAGCGUCAUCCCAACAAUCAGGAAGACGUAGCUGUUUUUUUUUUCUCGUUUCACAACAGUUCAAGAGCUGUGGAAAAAAAAAUUGUAGGUUACGAACCACAUUAUUUAAUAUAGAAACCACACACGCUGAUUCAUUAGUAUCACAAAGAUAACAUCUGCUACCAUCUAAUUACAACGGCUAACUAGCUUGGUUCAAGCGCUUUGCCUGGUAAACAGCUGCUAAGCUAGUUGCUUUUCGUCGAGAGGGUACGGUUACUGCGGGCCAUUCAAAGAUGGAUAACUUCGAAACGCCUUACGAUGAAGAGGCCGAGUUUAUUGAAUGCGAGAUCUGUGAAAAAUCCUUAAGGGGUGAUACCCUGUACAAGAUACACCUGACCACUCCAGGACAUAUAAAGAAAGAGGAUGGCUUAGUGGCUGCUGGGCAGGCUGUGAGAAGACACAUCGUACCUGAGUUUAAGGAUAUUGUACAGUAUCUGAAUUAUCUGAAUCUGGAUGAGCCUAUCAUUGGUUUGAACUUUUUGGAAGAAGGGCCUUCUGGUGACCCACAAAUAGGCCCCAAAUACUUUUGUAAGCUCUGUAAUCAGUCGGCCGUCCUUGCGGAAAUGGUCUGUCAUGUGAUUGGACGCAAACACAGGCAGAAAUAUGUGGAAAUGAAACGGCCCGACUUGAUGACCUUGGAUAGAACCUCUGUAAAAACCCUUGGAGGGAAGAUCAUGCGUGCCAAAGCAGAAAUAAUUGAGAGACAGGAUGGGAGAGGAACUCCGAAGUCAAUGACCAAAAAAGGAAAUGAGGCCAGAUCGAACAGCUCAAGAGCUCCUCAAAGGCAGAGGCAAAACAGGGACCAGAAGAACCCACAAGAUUUGCCACCACUGCUACCCGAACUGAAGGACUAUCACCGAAGGAAGCAUGCCUUAAACUUCCCAAAUGCUCCUCUGUUUCCUCCAGAUGAACCUACCUUGAACGUAGACAGGCGCAGCCAGUGGGAGAACAAGCUUAGCAAUGAGCGCAUCAGAGAGGAACUGCGACGGUCGGAUUUUAGGGAGGGCCCUGCGUACAGAGAAGGCUAUAUGGACUCUGAUUAUCGUAGUCAGUAUGCUGAAGGUCCACAAAGAAGUGUGGGACUUGAGCGAGGUGAUACUCCCAGGUAUGAUUACAGGGAGGAGUUGCCUCGUGGUCUUGCUCAGCCCGAGUAUUACCCUGAGGAGGUGCCUCCUUAUAGAGGAGCCUAUCCAGAAAGAGAGCCUUUUCAGGAUUUCCAGUCUGAGGAUGUUAGGGGUGGGAAUGUUCGUUCUACUGAGUAUUCGCCCUCCCAGGUCAUGUACCCUGAGGGCGAUAAACAACGAUGGUCCCUGGAGAGGGAAUCUGAUAGACGUGACAGUAUGAACAGAGCAGAUAGGCAGGGAUCGAGUGAACCAGAGGUUAGAAGGAGGAACUUCUCUGCAUCUAUGGAAAGUGACCGAUCACGUGACCAUUUGUUCAAUAUAAUCAGAGAUUAUCGGCAUGAAAUGAGAGAACCACAUCAAGAUGAGGGUGUUGACAGGAGAGCAGGAGCCCCAGCUUCACAGAGACAAGUGGAUGUUACCAGGGCCAUUUCUGACAUCCCAGAGCCAUUCAUGCGAUUCUUGAAAGGAAGUGCUGAAGAUGAAGAGCACGGUAAAAGAAAAAGAAAGAGCCGCUUCUCUGAUGCCACUCCAGAGGAACUGGAAAGGACAAGGGAGAUGUACGGGGAUGAAUAUGGACCUUCAAAUCCAAAGUUUGGAGGUGACCCAAGGCCAGGUAGUGCAUCAAUGAGACCUGAAAUCAGUGGGGGACAUUAUUCAGACCUCUACAGAGAACCACAGGGUCCACCUCAUACUGGAAUCAACCAAAGAGGAGGUUCUGAGUCAGAGGGUGUCUUUGAUAUGCUGAGUAACAUUGAAAUUGAGAAUGCAGAAGAGGCUGACUUCUUGAAGAGCAAACUUUGCAACCUUCUGAAAGAAUUCAAAACAAAAAAGCUGGAGAAAGCUGUGCAAAACAGCCACAGUCGAGAUGGGAUCCCCCGAAACUACAGCAACAUGGAGCUGGACCCUCGACAGCCGCAGUACGAGAGAACCAUGAGAGAAGAUUCACACCACAGACAACCAGAAGACCUUGAUUUCAGAGACUGGAGGCAACUACCGGAGGAGCGACACCACGAAUAUCGCCAUCCUGUACAUGAAGAGCCCAGAUACUCAAAAAGAGGCCGCUAUGAAGAGGAAUCUGGGGCUCCACAUACAAACCACUUAGAUGAGCCACCAUAUUAUCCUGAGAGGUUUCAAGAACCCAUGCACACUCGUGACUACCAACCUCCUGCUGAGGAGUUUUUUGACUCUCACUCUUCUGCGCCUCCCCUCCACAUGGACCAAGAAUCAAGGAUGCCCAGAGGCCCCCGGUACUCUAACAACCUGGAUAAAAUCACCUCCGCCCUCCUGGAACUUGUGGCAAGGAAAUAAAUGUUGUCAUCAUGGUCAUCGUCAUAUUAGUUAUGUAGGGUAAUGCAAUGUUUUAGCUGAAAUUUUGCCUUUAAAAUGUGAUUUGAGGUUAAGUUUCUUUCCCUUAUUUUAAUUUUAUUUGCUUUAGAUUUUUGUAAAGAACUUGAUUAAUCAAAUGUUAAAGCCUGAUGUAAGAAUUAAAACACUUGUCUGCUGCAGUGGUCGUCUUUUUAUCUUUUUCAUUUUUUAAAUUACUUAACUUUACUAUUCUGGCUGCUGUUAUCUUUUUUGCCAUCAUUGUCUUUUAUUUUUACAGUGAAUUUAAUUUGAAUGGACUGAUUUAAUUUGCAUAGGAGUUGAGUGAAAAUAAAGAAAACGGUGGCUGUAA